AUGAUGCUCCGGCGACAGCUGACAGCAGUUCUCAGGCUGCGGAUACAGCCCCAGCCCCAGCCCUUGCACUUGCUAAGCCCUCCUUUUGCCCCCAGAUUCAAAAGAUACCAGGCUUUUGACGCUGAUCUCGACCAAGACGCGCUGGCUGAAGCCCGAGCUUGGUUCCGUUCAGAAAGUGAAUUAUCGCGACUCCCAAAGGGUAACACCACCUACGCUCGGUCUAGUGGGCCGGGCGGGCAGCAUGUCAAUAAGACCGAAACGAAGGCCACAACAGCGUACCCAGUUAGAGAAUUACUCCCGACACUUCCUAAGUUGUUGCAUCGUAGCAUUCGAGAGUCGAAAUACUACACGGCAAAGAGCGACUCCCUUACCUUUCACACUCAGGACUCCCGGUCAAGAGAUGCAAAUGCCAAAGAAAACUGGAGAAAAUUGUUGAAGGAGAUUUUCUGUAUUUACGACCAAGUUGUUCCCAACGAGACGAGCGAAGCAAAGCUUCAGAAGCACGAAGAUUCUCGGAAGAACUGGGACACCCAAAGGUUGAAAAUGAAGAAACAACUCUCCCAAAAGAAGAAGGACCGCAGAGGGCCACCAACUUGA